UAUCAACAUAUAUCCCAGAUAUCAACACACAACUUCAAAACUGGGCAUGGAAAAGGUUCAUCUGGAACAAGAGGAGGGAGACCACAGAGCUGACAUUAAAGAUGGACAUAGCAGAGAGGCACUACAAACACAGUGUCCUGAGGGUGGCAUUCUGCAGGUGGAUGGAGUGGGUCUGGGUCCGCAAGACGCGGCAGAAUGUUGCCAUGAAGAAGAUCCAGCGUGUGUGGAAUGUUAUCCACUGUAAGAGUGUCAUUGCUGCCUGGCACCAUGUGUGGCAGGAUUCAAAGCGGACAAAGGAGUACUUUGAGAGGCUGGAGAAGGGCCUGUUGGAGAUGAGCGGUCAGGACUCUGACAUUGCCUCGGGAGAGGGACAGGAUGUGCUCUCCCUUCUACCCUGCAAGCUCUCACUAAGGAUCUUUCAGCUUCUAGGUCUAGGCGACCUGCUGAAAUGUGCCAAAGUAUGUCGGACCUGGAAGGCCAUUUCCAAAACCUACUCCUUGUGGAGUCGGAUCAGAUUCUCGGUGGAGAGGGACUGGAUCACAGACAGCAUUGUUGAGCAGAUCCUGCAGAGGUACCGGCCUUUUGUAAUGCACCUCAACAUGCGUGGAUGCACAUCUUUAACGUGGCCCAGCUUUAAAUGUAUCAGUGAAUGCAGAAACCUACAGGAGCUGAACCUGUCUGAGUGUUCCAACAUAAAUGAUGAGAUGGUCCAGAUGAUUUUAGAAGGCUGCCCCACUCUGCUCUACCUGAACCUGUCUUUCUCACCACUGACCAACGGGACUCUCAGAGAACUAUCCAGGAGCUGUCUGAACCUGCAGUAUCUGAGUCUAGCAUGCUGCCGUAGGUUCACGGAUAAAGGCUUACAGUACCUGGCUACAGGGAAAGGCUGCCACAAACUCAUCCACCUCGACCUGUCUGGCUGCACUCAGAUCUCAGUGGAUGGUUUUAAAUACAUAGCAGCAGGUUGUCCUUUGCUACAACAGAUAGUCUUCAAUGACAUGCCCACUCUGUCAGACCGCUGUGUGCUGGAGCUGGCCUCCAAGUGUCACUGUCUGUCUGCCAUCUCCCUGUGGGAUACGUCCCAUCUCUCAGACGCUGCUUUCAAAGCCAUCGCUGAGGUGGCCAACCUCACUACGUUCAGCAUUGAUGGUAAUGGUCGUAUGACUGACGUCAGUUGGAGGGCUCUGUGUCGUAGCUCUCCACACCUCACUAGACUCCAUGCUGCUGACUGCCCCAGAAUGACAGAUACCAGCCUCAAGUCCAUGGGCACGCUUAAAAACCUGGUCUACCUGAAUAUCUCAUGCUGCAGCAGGGUGAGUGACAUGGGAAUGCGAUACCUGACAGAAGGGCCCUCUGCCUCUAAACUGAGAGAACUGCAUCUGGGUCACUGCAGCCGCAUCAGUGACUUGUGUAUCAUGAGGGUGGUUCAAAAGUGCAGUAAGCUAAACCACCUGAGUGUUUGUCACUGUGAGAACCUGACCGAUUCUGCUCUGGAGUGGCUGGGUGGCUGCUCCUCUCUCCUCUCUCUGGACAUCAGUGGCUGCAACGUCACGGACCAGGGGCUGACCGCGCUGGGUGGGAACCCUGGCUUGAAGAAACUAGUUGCCUCAGAGUGUGUGUGGAUCACUGACAAUGGCAUAGAGAAGCUGUGCAGGCAGGUGAGAGAUCUGGAGGAUCUGGAUGUGUCUCACUGUGUGGCUCUCUCUGACCAGGCCAUCAAGGCCCUAUCCUUCUACUGCAGGACUGUUGUUGUGCUUCUAAUGCAUGGCUGCCCAAAGAUGACAGACAUGGCAGUACAGUACCUGAUAGGUGGGGGUCACUACCUGAGAGAACUGGACAUCAGUGGCUGUGUUCUCCUGACUGAUCGUACAGCACGCUUUCUACAGAGAGGCUGUCCACAGCUCAACAACAUAAAGAUGCUCUACUGCAGGGGAAUAUCCAAGCAGGCAGCUCUGAGGCUGCGGUCUUGUGUUGAGCAGUGGGAGCAUAGUAACGACGACACCCCCUACUGGUUCGGCUAUGACAGCAUGGGCCAGCAGCUGCAGCCAAUCAGACGACCUGACAAGACCAAAAACACCUGGGAAGAAGAGGAGCCAGUACAAGCGCUUGGCAAAAGCUAA